UCAACACAUUACGUCAUGGCAUCAAUGCGGAAAUAGGCGCAUGUAGAAAUUAGCACCCUCUCAGUUUUGUUUACAUGUGACAUGCAAUGUGCAGUGAGGUUGAUGCUGGUCCUCCGUGAAGAGCCGCAGCAUGUACCCCCGCAGCGCUCCGCCGAGGGGGAGCCCGGCCCACAACAGCAGGGGUUCCGGUAAUGGCCUCUACCAUGUCCCCCCAGUGCCUCGCCAUCACCCACAGAGACUGGCUGAUGCUCAGCUCAGUCCCCACAACAGCUUCCAGGUCCAUCCAAAGCUAGCUGUCCCAGAUAGGAUGCCUCCAUAUGAAUGGAAGCCCCCUCCGCCUCCUCCCUCCCCACCUGUCCCCGGUCCGCACACUAUGGCCAAAGGACGGAAGAGGCAGAUUGAUGACCACAGUCCCCAUGCUUUGAAGCGCCAGCGCCUUGACUCCCCUGCCCACCAUUACAGAGGCAGUCCUCUCAUUCACAUUCCUCCUCCCAUGUACCAACAUGACCAAGAGGUGGCAGGGACGUCGAGGAUGGCUCACUCUAGUGUUGAUCUCAGCCACCACUCGCCGCCCUACACCCAGGCACCUGCUAUCCCAGGGAGCAGCAACACUUUGCAGGCCUAUGCCAAGGACAAGCUGAGCAGUCAGAUGGUGGAGCUGUUCGAGGCAUGCCAACAGCAAACCCCUGAUUUAGUAAGGAAAGAGAUGUGCAGGACUCGGCUGCAGGAAGACAUACAAAAUAUCUUUCCAGUGGCACGGCUCUACUUGACUGGUUCUUCCAUGAAUGGUUUGGGUUGCAGGACAAGUGAUGCUGAUCUGUGUCUCGUUGUUGUGGGAAUCAUGAAUCAACAACCUGAUCCUAUUUAUAUACUCUCUGUCCUCCAGAAGUUUUUCAACUCACUGCCAUAUCUUGAGAGAAGUCAGCUGAUCAGAGCCAAGGUCCCUAUCCUCAGAUUCAGAGAGAAAGGCAGUGGUUUGGAGUUUGAUCUGAAUAUCAACAACACAGUGGGCAUCAGAAACACUUUUCUUCUUAGGAGCUACGCCUAUGCUGAUCUCAGGGUAAGACCCAUUAUCCUUGUUGUCAAGAAAUGGGCACGCCACCACGACAUAAAUGAUGCCAGCAAAGGAACACUUAGCAGCUACACACUGGUGUUGAUGGUGCUCCACUACCUCCAGACUCUUAAGGAACCUGUCAUUCCCUCCCUUCAGAAGGACUAUCCAGAGUGUUUCAGUCCUUUGAUGGAAAUUGACAUGGUUCCAGAGGGGCCCAGACACAUUCCCCCCUACAACUCUCGAAACCAGUCCUCUCUGGGAGACCUGCUUCUGGGCUUUCUCAAGUACUAUGCCACAGUUUUCAGGUGGGAUAAGCAGGUGAUCUCUGUACGAGAGGCCAGAGCUCUCCCCAAGACCACUUCUCGAGAGUGGAGAGACAAAUUCAUCUGUGUAGAGGAGCCAUUUGAAAGGAACAAUGUCGCCAGGGCUGUCCAUGAGAAGAUCAAGUUCGAUGCCAUUAAAGCUCAGUUUGUCACGUCUUCUGGGAUCCUGCAGCAGAGGAAGGACCUGAACUCAAUCCUCCCUGUCAGAGCCACCAUUAAUAAAGAGUCGUCCAGGAGAUAAGGGAUUCCUCUAAUUAGAGAAGCUGACUAGAGCCUUCUACCUCAAGACAGGCGUAUCUCCUCCACAGAUGAUGAGAGACCUUGGGAUGUGCUGACGGAGAAGCCGCGCUACCUCCCUAAUGUACUGUUUUCUCUCUCUGUCUUCAGAGACAGGCGGUCUCAGUAUCAGUCACACAGGUCCUGUGGCAGAGCUCACUAAAAUGUCAUGUUGCUGUUUAACAGGUGACCGAGAGACACUGCACAGUCAGGAUGGUAAUGGUCACUGUUGUUGAGUUGAAUUUGGGCUUGUAGGUAGCCCUCUAUCCCAGGACACAAAGCUUUUUUUUGCAGAAAGUAUCAAGACUAGCUCAAAACAAAGCAACUGUAUUAAUGUUUGUCACACCAGUCCAAGGCUUGUAGGUUAGUAGUCACAGUCUCAGCCAAGGUUACACCUUCUGAUGUUCAACCUGUAUGAAGUUGGAUUUGGUCAGUUCAUACAGACAUACAGUACAAACCUAUUUUGAAGAUGCCAUGCUAUUGCUGCCAGUUGCUCUGAUAUGUAUAUUUUUGCCAGUAUCUUUUUUUGUCUUCAACCUGUCUGUGUACCAAUCUGUUACAUGAUUUAUAUGAUUUAUUGACCCGCAACGUGAUUUAAUGGCAGCUUUUUCUAUUUUUGUAGGUAAAUAGCAGUGCUACUGUGGGUUUAAACACUAUGACGAUACUUCUUUUUUUACCGCUGCUUUAAAAGCCGCCUCCAGUGACAUCAUCUCUUCAAGAUUUCAUUUCCUCUUAAAACUGAAGUAAUGUUUUACCGUGUGUGAUAGUCAACAUCUCAAAGUAAAUGGCAUUCAGAUGGGGAGUAUUUAUAGGUCAGGCACUCUGGCUGUUACACAUCAUGAUCAAUGCUCCUGAUGUGCUGUAUUUUUCCAUGACUGGUGUCAUGCCUCUGCUGUGUCUGAAUUGGUGUCCUGCCUUGAUGUUGUCAACUUGGCAAAAACUGAUGAGUAGAUCUCUUAGGAUCAAUUCACUAAAUACAUACAUUAGUGAAAGAAUUUACACAGACAGGUGUCAUUUCACUUUUCUUUUUUCAGUUGGUUUAUGUUCCCUGGCUUGUUUUGUACAUUUUGUACUAUACUGUCUUUUAAAUGGUUAUUUAAAGGAUUAAAUUUCUGAAGUUGUAUGAUGG